CUACAAGAUAACUAAAUUAAAUUGUUAAAUUAUAGCAUAAAACUAGAAUUAUAAGUCAUAAUAAGAUUAUAAUAUAAAAUAUAAGAAUAUAAGAUCUAGUCUAGAUCUAUAGAUCUAGAGAUGGAUGAAUUACAGAAACUUGAGUAUUUGUCUCUUGUAUCCAAAGUUUGCACUGAGCUCGAAAAUCACUUGGGAAUAAGUGAUAAAGAUUUAGCUGAGUUCAUAAUAGAUCUGGCUGAUAAAAACAAUACAUUUGUAAGUUUUAAAAAGGCUUUAGAAGAAAAAGAAGCACAAUUUUCAGAUUCAUUGAUUGCAAACUUGUUGCGGCUCAUUCAAAAAAUGAAGCCUAAACCCAAAAGUUUUGAAGAAGUAGAAAAAGAAUUGGAUACCAAAGAUGAUCCUGAUUUGAAAAAAAAAUUGUUUCCUGGAUUAGCAUUACCUAAUGAUCCAAAUGUUCGAAAAAUGCUGGAUGAUGAAAAUGGCUACUGCAGUGAAGAAGAUAGCAGCUUGAAAAAGAAACAUACUUCUCUGUUGGAAGAGGUUAAACCAAGCUCAUCUAAAGAAGGAGAUGCAUCAAUAGCUAACAACAUGAUGAUGGAAUUAGAGGCACUACUUGGUAGGGCUUCAAAGAAAGGUAGAGAAGGUGAUCAGAUGGAGAGAGAGAAAAAGAACAGAGACAGAAACCACAGAAGCCCUAGCCGUGACAGAAGUCGGAGUCGUGACAGGAAUCGUAGUCAUAGCCGAGAGAGGGAUAGAAAAAAGAAAAGACGUCGCUCAAGAAGCAGGCAACGUUCUAGGAGCAGGUCACCACGAAGUCGGCAUCGGCGUAGGAGUAAUUCUCGGUCACGUAGUAGGGAUAGAAGCAGAAGGAGCAAAGAUCGCAAUAUUAGGGACUCAGACAAAGUUAAAGCAAAAGACAAAUAUAGUGAUAUCCCAUUAGAGCCUUUAGUUGGUUCAAUCUAUGAAGGUAAAAUUACUUCCAUUCUACCAUUUGGUUGCUUUGUGCAGUUAGAGGGACUUCGUAAAAGGUGGGAAGGUCUUGUUCACAUAUCACAACUGCGCCGAGAGGGACGUGUAACCAAUGUUGGUGAUGUUGUUAGUAAAGGUCAGAAAGUCAAGGCCAAAGUUCUUUCUUUUACAGGCAACAAACCUAGUUUGUCCAUUAAGGAUGUUGAUCAGAAAACAGGAGAGGAUUUAAAUCCUGCGCGAUCAGGUGUCGGAGGUGAAGUUAGAGUAGAUGAUAACAUAGCUAGAAACCCUGAUCGACCUAAUACUCUACCAUUGGUGGAUGCUCCUGAGCUUGAAGAUGAAAAAUCUGAAAUGAAGACAUUUAAGCGAUUAUCCUCUCCUCAACGUUGGGAAUUGAAACAGUUGAUGGCUGCAGGAUGCAUUGAUUAUACAGAUUUGCCUGACUUUGAUGAAGAAACUGGACUUUUACCAAAGGAAGAUGAUUCUGAUGAAGAUGUUGAGGUUGAAAUGGUUGAGGAAGAACCUCCAUUUUUGCGUGGUCAUGGAAGACAGUGGGUUGAGCUCAGCCCAGUUAAAAUUGUGAAGAACCCUGAUGGCUCCUUGGCGCAGUCAGCUAUGAUGGGAAAUGCCUUACAAAAGGAAAGAAGAGAAAUGAAACAGGCUCAAAGAGAAGCAGAGGUGAACUCAGUUCCCACUGUACUUAAUAAUGAUUGGAUUGAUCCAAUGCCAGAGGAUGGGGGACGUACACUAAAUGCCAAUAUGAGAGGUGUAGGAAUGGCCCCAAAAGAAGAGCCUGAAUGGAAAAAACAUAUUAGUGGUGGAGCUAAGGCCUCCUAUGGCAAGAAAGAAAAGAAGUCCAUUAUUGAACAAAGACAAAGUUUGCCAAUCUACAAAUUAAAAGAUGACUUGCUAAAGGCAGUAUCAGACAACCAAAUUCUAAUUGUAAUUGGUGAAACAGGCUCUGGAAAGACAACCCAAAUUACACAGUAUCUUGCUGAGGCUGGCUACACAACAAAAGGAAAAAUUGGUUGCACACAACCCAGGAGAGUUGCUGCAAUGUCAGUGGCCAAAAGAGUUUCAGAAGAGUUUGGAUGUCGUUUAGGUCAAGAGGUUGGUUAUACUAUUCGUUUUGAGGACUGUACCAGUGCUGAAACUAAAAUUAAGUACAUGACAGAUGGUAUGUUACUCAGAGAAUGUUUGAUAGAUGGAGAUUUGACACAGUACGCGGUCAUUAUGUUGGAUGAGGCUCAUGAGAGAACAAUUCAUACUGAUGUUUUGUUUGGUCUAUUGAAACAGGCUGUAAAAAAAAGAUCAGAUUUGAAACUCAUUGUUACUUCUGCUACUUUGGAUGCAGUCAAAUUUUCACAAUACUUUUAUGAAGCUCCCAUCUUUACUAUUCCUGGACGAACUUAUCCAGUGGCUAUACUUUAUACAAAGGAAGCAGAAACAGAUUACUUGGAUGCUUCUCUUAUCACUGUGAUGCAAAUUCAUUUAACAGAACCACCAGGGGAUAUACUUUUAUUCUUGACUGGUCAAGAAGAGAUUGACACAGCUUGUGAGAUUCUGUAUGAACGAAUGAAAGCACUGGGCCCUGAAGUUCCAGAUCUGAUCAUUCUUCCAGUCUACAGUGCUUUACCUUCGGAGAUGCAGACACGAAUUUUUGAGCCUGCUCCACCUGGGUCCAGAAAGGUGAUCAUUGCUACAAACAUUGCUGAAACAUCAUUGACUAUUGAUGGUAUUUACUAUGUGGUUGAUCCAGGUUUUGUGAAACAAAAUGUGUACAAUUCAAAGACAGGAAUGGACCAACUUAUAGUCACUCCUAUUUCUCAGGCACAAGCUAAACAAAGAGCAGGCCGUGCUGGACGCACAGGUCCUGGAAAGUGCUACCGUUUGUAUACAGAACGUGCCUACAGAGAUGAGAUGUUAUCCACAAAUGUCCCAGAAAUUCAACGCACAAAUUUGGCUUCUACUGUACUCAGUUUGAAAGCUAUGGGCAUCAAUGAUUUGUUGUCUUUUGAUUUCAUGGAUGCCCCGCCCAUGCAAACUUUAAUUUCUGCCAUGGAACAGCUGCAUGCCCUGAGUGCACUUGAUGAUGAAGGUCUGCUUACUCGAUUAGGAAGAAGGAUGGCAGAGUUUCCUCUGGAGCCGAUGUUAUCCAAAAUGUUAAUCAUGUCAGUACACCUGGCCUGCAGUGAUGAGAUAUUAACCAUUGUUUCUAUGCUCAGUGUUCAAAAUGUCUUUUACAGGCCUAAGGACAAGCAAGCUGUGGCAGAUUCCAAGAAAGCAAAGUUUCAUCAGGCUGAAGGAGAUCAUUUAACUCUCCUUGCUGUGUAUAACUCUUGGAAAAACAAUAAAUUCUCCAGUCCCUGGUGCUAUGAAAAUUUUGUUCAGAUUCGAACUUUGAAGAGAGCACAAGAUGUUAGGAAACAGAUGUUGGGCAUUAUGGACAGGCACAAACUGGAUGUUGUCUCCUGUGGUAAAAAUACUGUGCGUGUACAAAAAGCUAUUUGCUCUGGCUUUUUCCGUAAUGCUGCCAAAAAGGAUCCUCAGGAAGGUUACAAAACCAUUGUUGACAGUCAAGUUGUUUACAUUCAUCCAUCGAGUGCCCUUUUCAACCGACAGCCUGAUUGGGUUAUUUACCAUGAAUUGGUUUUGACAACAAAAGAGUACAUGAGAGAAGUGACAGCAAUUGAUCCUAGGUGGCUAGUGGAGUUUGCUCCCAAGUUCUUUAAACACAGUGAUCCUACCAAACUCUCCAAACAAAAGAAGCAACAGAAAAUUGAACCUCUAUACAACAAAUAUGAAGAACCCAAUUCUUGGCGUAUUUCCAGAGCUUUUAGGAAAUUCCACACUAAAGUUACAUUUUAAGACAGUAUGGAAACUACUAACAUUUGUUUCAUAUACAAUAGAACUUUUUUUUUUUUUUUGUAUGUUAGAUUUUAACUUUGUAAACAAAAAAACACACAAAAAAGCCUACUGUACUAUAGUUUGUAAAUUGUUUUUUCAAAUAAAUCUGAUUAUAAUA